UCUGGAGAAAUUACUUUUUGAAAAACAGGACUGUAGUAGGGGUUGGGGUUGGCAGAAUAAAGGGCUCACCCAGGGAGCCAUUCAUGCAAUAACUGCUCCGGUUUGCCAUCAACAACGUCCUGGCCUAAUUCUUGCUUAAUAUUUUUUUACCACAAUUCUUGGCAGAAUUGCAGAGUUCAUUGAAAUUGGUGGGUUUCCUUCCCCGGACCAUUGUUUUAAGGGCUGUGUGUCUGACAGGCUGAUCUGCAGAAUGGGAACCCAGCAGGGUGGCACCGUUCCUGUUCAUCCUCUACACAGCAGAUUUCUCCAUCAAUUCCCCAGGUUGCCAUCUACAAAAGUUGUCUGAUGGCUCUGCCAUGGUUGGCCUCAUCACAGAUGACUUGUCGAAGAGGCUUAUCUCUCCAGAGCUGGGAGUUGUUUUCUUCAAUGCUCCCAGCAGGUUGCUGGCAGAACAACACUCUUUUGCAGACAAUGUGCUUGAGAGUACACAGCAGGCAGCCACAACUUUACAGCUCUUGAAGAAGUUGGACAUCAGGCCGCAACCGAUGUUUCGACCACAAGGAGUCCCUAUAAAGCCAAUCACCUUGUUUCAAAAAAUGGGAGUGGGACAGCUGGAUUUAUAUAUUCUUAGCCCAGGCAAGAGCAGCCAGGAGUAUGAGACGUUCAUGCAGAACUGGCCGGACGGAGACUCAUCGUCGCAAUGUCUGCCUCUUGCUACGCUGGUUUCAGUCUCUGCCCUGCUCGUGUGGCAUCCAGCGUGCCCUCAAGAGAAGGUGGUCAGAGUGCUGUUCCCCGGCGCAACUCCACAAGCAAAACUGCUGCAGGGGCUGGAGAAGCUCAAGGGAUUAGAGUUCCUCCAGAAGCCAACAGUAACUACCGGAGAUCUUGAAAGGCAGGGGGAGGACAGGAAGGCCAAGAGGACGGAGAGUCUGGACAGCGGCCGGUCGAUAGGGAAAGAGGGAACAACCAGGCAAGGGAAAGAACGAGGAGCUAGAGAAGAGGGAAAGGAUGCAUCAGUGAAAGAAAAGGGAAAGACAUUGAGUGGAACUAAAGAUUCUGAUAAAGCUAAAGUCAAGGAGGCUGGUCUAAAACGUAAACCAUCACUAUCAGAGAAGAAUACUUUAAAGAAAGGGUUAGGGAAGGAUGGUAAAAAAGAGGAGAAGACAGGCAACAAAGAGGAGAAUAGUAUUAAAAGGACUGAGCAGAUAAAAAGAGAUGGAGUUCCCUCAAAAACCAAGAAGGACAAUAAAACAAAACCCAAAAAGGAUGCAAGAAAUGACAAAACAGCAGAGAAGAAAAUGCAAAAGUCAUCAGCAAGUAACGCAAACAAGGACAAGAAAGGGCAGGCGAAUAAUAACUCAAAAGAGCAAAAACAAGGGUCUUUGUCAGACAUCUCGGAGCCAGGGUGCCCUGGUACUGACAAGCAGAAUCACAAGAGGGAGACAGAAGUUGAGGAGAAGCAGCACGGCUCCAAGGUGUCUACCCCAGAGGAUAUGACGGCAGAGUUUCUCAGACUCCGGGAGGAAAGCGCACUGGAAGUAGCGGAGCCGGAAACAGCUGCCUGUGAUGAUUUAGGACGAGAAACAAACCUUGGAGGCUUUGGUGAAGAUGCAUGCAAUAAAAGGGCUGAAAGAUUCAUAGAAGAGGCAGCAUUUGGUUUAGGAGUAGCGAAAGUAGAGGACAGUAAGAGUUUAGCUCAAAACGUCCCCGGGAAGAGUAGCGAACCACAGGCAGAUCUCCAACGAAACCGUCCCGAUGAGUCUGUCAAAUCUAGUAAACCUGCAAAGGUUGUAGGAUUCCCGUCUCCUUUGAACAAAUCAUACAAUGGUGAGCACGCAGUCCAGCAAGACACAACCCCAACCGAGUACACACUUCUGGAUGGGGCUUUGAGACACUCUCCUCCCUCGCACUCCUCUCCAGAAAACCAGGCCCCUAACAGUCCUGAUGAGGAAACGGUAGAGCCAGUGUCUGCCGACUCACGUCCUAACAGUGCGGGCCACACUCCCUACUGCCUGUCCCCGGACGACGUGUGGUGCAACAAGGCCACACUGAGCCGGCUUCAGGCCCUCCAUUCAGCCGAUGCUUACGGGCCAAAUGGGUCAUCUCGGCUAAGCGAGGAGCAGGUUUGCAAGACCAAAAGCGCCACUGAAAAUACCAAAGAGAAGCAUCUAAGCUUUCUUUCUUUGGGUACAUGUAGAGAGGGUUCUUCGGAUCCGUCGCCCUCUGUAGCCACAACCACCACCACCACUCACUCAAUACCAGCAGAGGUGAGCUCGCCUCAGUCCACAGAAGUAGAUGAAUCCUUAUCCAUGUCCUUUGAGCAAGGACCAACUGCUGGGAGCCAGAGAGAAGGAGAUGACGGAGUUUAUCUCUCCCACUCUAAUGGAGGAUAUUAUGUGGGAAAGUCUUUACCGAUGAAGAUGCCUCCCAGAUCUUUGGGUCAGACCUCAGAGCUGGGGAGACCCGCUGCACCCAACACUCUCCAUUUCGAGGGAUCAGCUCAUGACGUGGACCUCUGUUUGGUUUCUCCUUGUGAGUUCAAGCAUUUCAAAGCCCCAGAUUCAAGCUCGGGCGCCAGUGAGGGCUCUAGAGACGUAAGCGGUCCAAAUCACCAGGGCAUCAACAAUAACAACCCGAAGGACAGGUCACCCAGUGAGUCAAAUGCCCCCGUCUGCACAGAGGACUGCCCGUCCACCACAGCAGACGGCGCUUUGGAUUUGGACUCUGAUGAUUCAUGUAGUGACCCGUCCAACUCCCCUUGUAACCACAACGUGAGUCAGACUCUGCCCCCCGACCCCCUGCCAGCCCCUCUCAGAGACAGCCCACCCCUGCCUCCCCAUCCCGACACCUCAAUGCCAGUUCCUCAGUCCGACUCUGAAGCUCAUGGAAAGAGAGCAAAAGCCACUGCAGCUCGGGGAAAACAUUUCCCAGGGAUUAUUGAUGCCCCCCAAAAAUCAGGCUCAGGGAAAAUCAAAACAGGAAGCCAAAGUGGAGCCAUGAAAGGGAAUCUCUUCUCCUCCCGAACACUUUCCUCCAGCACUCGCACGGCACCAGCAAAAUCAUCACCAGCUCCUAGCUCUAAGGCUCCCUCUGCUGGUGAAGUCAGUAUUUAUGUGGACUUAACUUAUAUUCCAUCUGGAGCCUCCUCUCCCACAGUCACUGUGGACUUCUUCAGGUGUAUUCGCUCCUCCUGCUACAUCAUCAGCGGCAACAGCCCACAGCGGGAGGAGCUUAUGAGGGAAACUCUGGAUGCUCUUCUGGACGGCAAGACAUCCUGGCCAGGAGUCAUGCAGGUGACAGUGAUCCCCACCUUUGAGUCGGCCUCGAUGCAGGAGUGGUACCAACAAACCCUGGACAGGCAGCGGGAGCUGAGCAUCACUGUCCUGGGAUCCAACAGCACGGUCGCCAUGCAGGAUGAAACUUUUCCUGCCUGCAAGAUCGAAUUCUGAGGUGUAAAAUACAUGAGAGUCGAUAGAUGGAAAUGUCAGUGUAAGAGUUAAAGUGCAAAGACUGGGAGAUCGAUAGAGAUAGAAACAGGUGUUAUAGGGAUAUGACCCACACUCUUUGCAUGUUAAAGGUAAAUUUAAAAAGAAGUUUGCAUGCUUCUGUUGGCCAAUGACCCUGUUCAAAACAGGAGAGGAGAUGAAACUUACUGGAAAGGAUGCAUGUCACUCAGUGAACACAGAGAGUUAGAUGAUAGUUGUUGCCGUAGAUUACUCAAAUUAGCAAGCAGAGAAUUAAGGACACAAACUGGAAUCUCAGAUUGAAGUUUGCAACAUCCAAAGCGACAAGAAUUAGCCAAAUUCAGAUACAUCCAAAAGAGUUGUAGAGGUUUGCGUUGUAUUUUGAAACAAACCUACCAUUUAAUCUUCAAGGACUUCAGAUGUAUAGUUUGUGUCCAGGUGUUUGUUGUGAGCACUGUAAGCAGAUGUAAGACGGGCUGUGCUGUGUGUUGUAGCUGCUUUUAAAGGUGUUGUGUCACUGUGGCCUUUCUACUGAGAUCUGUACUAGAAGGAACCAAUUUUUUGACUUACAGUCGCCCACCAAUGACUACUAAUACCUUAAGAUGAGGGAUUAGUUGAUUUUUCCUGAUUUAACAGCAUUACAACAAUUGUAAAAUUUAAUAUCAUCCUUCAAUUGUAAUCCAGUAAAGGUUCUUAUUAUCAUGCAAACCAGGAAGUGGGCUUCACAAAGCUUUUUAAAAAAUAAAUUGGAGCUUUGCCCAAAAAUAUAGAAUUACUACAAUAAUUGUAAGUGUAAAUAUAAAACAAUCAAACAUUAUGUUUUAGAAAAUAUAUUUUGCACAGAGUAAAAUCACACAUGUGAAAUGGUGAUAUUAGGAGCUUUAUUGGCUGUAAAUAAAAGCUGAUGUGAUGGAGUAAUUCUGAAACUGGAACUGAAAGAAUGGUUGUAAUCAAAUGAAAAAUGCAAAUCAUAUUACUUUCAUUAUGCAAGUCCAUGAUUACAUUCAUGUUGCUUUUUGAAUAUCACUUAUCUAUAUACCCUAUAUAAACAAUGUCAUUUGGAAGUGUAAAGCAAAACUAAGACAGAGUUCAGAUGCUGCACUGUUGCUCCUAAAUUGGAAUAAAAUACGUUUUACAUCUUUACAUGAAGUAGUUGGAACAGUGUAAUUCAUUUUUGACAUAUUUAUAUAUCAAUAUCUUGACUGAGACACAUAACAAUGUGUCUGAAAACACAUUUAUUCAGCAUGGGCACCAGCAUAUACCUUAGCAUUACUUGAAUUUGCAAACAUACAUUUGACCAGCUUCAUCAUGGAAAGACUUGUACUCUAAAACCUGCUGGGUAGAGACAUAUCGAAUUGGGUUACUAAGGUUAUUUUUCACUCCUGGGUCAAAUGUGGACCAGGCCGUAUGUUUUUUGGAUUUUGACUGACUUAAAGGCAUUGAAGUAGAUACUUAACCUAAAGUUUAUGCUUGUGGAUUGUGGGAGGAACAGAAUAUGGAAAUUUCAUAAAGAAAGGCCCUUUGUGAGGCCCUGGAUGGAUAUCCAAUUUUAGUUUAAUCCCGCAUUCAGAUAUAUCGACAAAAACAACAGACCUGAAAAGAUAAUUAAAUUUGGACAGUCAGUAUAUAAUACUGUAUGGAAGAUAGCCUGUAUAUGAUAACUCCCUUGGUCAAAGUUUGAAUGAUGAGCAUAGCUAGCACUAUCUAGCUAGCGGAUAAAAGCCUAACGUUUCCUUAAGUCAGUGGUUCUCAAACGGUAUUUAUGGCGUCUCCCUUUGAAGAAUGAAAAAUUAUUUCAGGCCUCCCCCCAUCGCAAAAAAUGUGUCAAAGAUUUUACUUUCAUUGUUUCCUUUCUAACUGCAUCGAAGCUUUCGUUCUGAAGAUCACUUAUUAUCCCCUUUACAUUUUAUAACAGUUUAAAAAAAAUUCUAACAAUGGUAUAGUUGAUUUUUCAGCAUUGCAACAUUUUAUAAACUAUGUAAUAUCACCAACAAUAGAAAAAGGUUUUUAGCCUGACACACCUGCAGUCAAACCACAGGAUAAAAUACAACAAUGUUCCCUGUCUGCAGGCACAACACAUUCUCGCUCCGGAAAGACGGCAGCUAACCAUGAACUUCAUCAUCAAUAAAACACAGAGACCUAAAAUAAACCAGCUAAAAUAUGCCGAAGAUAGUAUCAAGCCAUUAAUGCGAAACACUAGCUCCAAUUACAUUAAGUUUUAUACUCUUUAAAUUUAUUAAUAUCAUUCGUCCACAGACAUUCAUAGCUACGUUACAUCAAUGCAGAGAAGCUGUUGCACUGAGUAUUACCCAGAAUCCCUGGCUUCUCCUACUAAUAAUUGCAAGUACAGACCAAACAGCAGAUGUUCCUGUUGUCCCAUUUAGCAGGAUUUAUCUAUAACGCACCGUUCUUUUUAACUGUAACACCUGCGCUGUAUUUUCUGGACAAAAUAAUGGCAGGCUGUUCUUAAAGCCCUCCUGUUACGCCUUCACUCCCUCACUAUUUGAGAACCAAUGUCUUAAGUGAACAAACACUAACGCCAACAGAAUUGUACAGCAUCAAUUUACCAUCUUACCAUUUCUUAUUUGAACUUGUGGAAGAUGUUCAGUGAAGUCCGAUCAAGUCAUUUUAGGUCAAAAUGGCCGCAUGUUAGGAAUUAUGCAGCUCCUUUGAGUCUUAGUGUUUUACCCAGUGUUUGGUUAGAAACACCAAACUUCUGUCCUUACAAUAUAAAUCCAAUAUUUGGGUUGAAGAAAUAACUUAGCAGUUUUUUUGAAUGGGGAUAUUAAGUCAUGCCCAUUUUUACUGCAGUAGAUUACAUUGAACCCUCUAGAUCUGUUGUUUUCCAGAUAUUCUCUUCUCAGAACCCUUACAUCUUAGUUUAUAUCCAUGGACAUUGUUAUUUUAUUUUUUAUUUUUCUCUGUGUGGCUAUUUUGCCUUUAUUUUGCACAAAUAGGCAUGUGACAUGAUGAAUUUUUAAAUACCAAAGCAUGAAACAUCACAGAGACAGGUCAUUUUCACCUGAAAAGCAAAAUGCUGCCACCAAAUACAUAAAAGCGUCACAUUUUUAUGAAGAGUCUCUAAAAGAUCUGACAAGGUUUUUGUACAAAUGUUGAUGCACUAAAAUGAAAACAUCCUAAGAUUGUAAUAAUUUAUGAGAAUAUUUGUUUUAAUUUAUGCAUCUCGGCCUCUGAAUGUGUUUCUCAAAGGAUCUUGAGAUGUCAUCAAACGCUACGUCAUUACACACCUCAUAUGAAUAAGACGUCUCAGACAAAUAUUUGAAUUUCAUCUUUGCUCGUAAUUUUAUUUGUGUGUCCUACAUAUAUGUACUUUAUGUUGUGUCUUUCAUGAUAUUCAUGAAAAAAGAGAGCAAAGUACUGUGGGGAAGCUUAAAAUGGUCAUAUGAAUUUUCAAUUUCUGAUUGUAAGCAAGCUACUAAAAACAAUGUCAAAGUAUGUGGGUUGUAACAUUAGUGGGAAUGCAAAAACAAAAUAAAAAGCACAUGCACAACCAUAA